UGGUCGGUGGCCAGGAUGUGGAGGAGGCCUCUGGGCUUCCCGGCUGACUGGAGGAGUAGAAGCCACACUGUGGUUUGCUGUUCCCAGGGGGAGGACCUGGAUUUGCUGGGAGUGCUUCUGCCCCAGGAGCCCCAGGGGCUUCCUGCUGCCUCCUCAGGAGCUAGCCCAGCCCUCCUCCCUGCUCCAGAGAGGGCUCUAGCUGAGAAAGUGAGCUCCCUGGGCAAAGACUGGCACAAGUUCUGUCUCAAGUGUGAGCGCUGCUGCAAGACUCUGACACCAGGGGGCCAUGCAGAGCACGAUGGAAAGCCCUUCUGCCACAAGCCCUGCUAUGCCACGCUGUUUGGACCCAAAGGUGUGAACAUUGGUGGCGCAGGCUCCUACAUCUAUGAGAAGCCUGUCUCUGAGGGUGCACUGGUCACUGGCCCCAUCGAGGCCCCUGCAGCCCGUGCUGAGGAACGGAAGGCUAGUGGCCCUCCGAGGGGGCCCAGCAGAGCCUCCAGUGUGACCACGUUCACCGGGGAGCCUAACCUGUGUCCUCGCUGCAACAAGAGGGUCUACUUCGCUGAGAAAGUGACGUCUCUGGGCAAGGACUGGCACCGGCCAUGCCUGCGCUGUGAGCGCUGUGCCAAGACGCUGACACCAGGAGGGCAUGCAGAGCAUGAUGGCCAGCCCUAUUGCCACAAGCCUUGCUAUGGAAUCCUCUUCGGACCCAAGGGAGUGAAUACUGGGGCCGUGGGCAGCUACAUCUAUGACAGAGACCCUGAAGGCACUGUUCAGCCCUAAACCCAUCCCCUCUAUGGGGCAGGGUCUGUCUGCCUCCUGCUGACCCUGCCCGGGCCCCCUAUCUGACUCUGUGGGGGACUGUGACCCCCUUCCCCCUGCCUCAGUGUGUCCUGCCUGCCAGGAGGAGAAGGAGGCAGGAGACAUCUGCAGAGCUGCCCAAGCCCAGCCCAUGCCAUGGUGUGUCCCUGUCAUGGGGUCCUGUGUGUCCCUACGACCCCUUCUGUGUGCUCCUCUGCCCCAUCAUUCUCUGUGUUCCAUGUGACCCCAUGACACUGGUAGCUUUCUGAGGUAGCUAUCUUGCCCUCCUCCUGCUGCCCGUGCCUGCCCACCAAUAUUUAUGCUGCAGCUUGCUGGUGAUGGCCACAUGCUCACAGUGUCCCCAGGGCAGGGUCACUCUUCUGCCUGGUCCCUAUGCUGUCUCCUCACCCCCACAUGGCUCACACUUGGUCCUGAGACUUUGCUGUCAAUAAAGAUUUGGGGAUCGCAGGACCCA